GGCGGCCGGUGUCAUGGAAACAGCGGCCUGAGAGAGGGAGAGCUGCGAACAACCGGGACCAGCCAGAAUGUACAAGAGGGAGAAGAGCAUUCAGAUUAAGAGCAGUGCUUCUGCUCUCUACAACAAUCUCAGUAUUCUGCCCAUCACUGAUAAGAACCUCACCUACUUUGCUGUCAUUCAUGGUAGUGUGGUGAACAUGGUUAGUGCCUCCACUGAUGGGCUGAACCUCUCGCACAGGCAGCUGCAGUCGAAGGAGGGGGGCAUGGUACAUGGUACUUCCUUAAUCAUUCAGGCUUCAUGGUGUGUGUUACCUUCUCGCAUUCUCCUCGUACUGGCAUCACAGAAAGGCAUUCAGAUGUAUGAAUCAGAUGGCUCCAUCAUGGUGUACUGGCACGCAGUGGAUACUCCAGAAAUGCCAACAGCAGAGGCUGUGUUUGCACGAGGAAUCGCAGCUACAAAGAACAACUAUAUCUGUGUGGGCAUCUCAACAGGAUCAAUCCUAGUCUUCAAUGUUCCCCCAAAAGGAACCAACAUCACUGUGUCUGAAGUACUUGAACAGCACAGGGACCCCAUCACUGACAUCGCAUGUGAUUGCUCUGAAAAUAAGGAGUGUGUUGCAGAUCUAGUGACAGCUGAUGACUCUGGGGUCUUGUGUAUCUGGAAAUCGGGGAAAGAUUUUAAAUUAAUGCACAAGAUUGCAGCUUAUGGAGGCCCUUGCUCAUCUGUGAAGAUGUGGAGUGGGACCAUUGCAGCUGGAUAUGGGAGUGGCCAGAUCCUGAUUUAUGAUGCAGCAACUGGUACAGUGCAUGUGGAAGUGAAUGGCCAUGCGCGUUGGAUCUGUGCUCUUGACAUGGCAUCGGAAAGUGGCAAGCUACUGUCAGGAGCUGAGGAUUCUUUUCUCAGGAUUUGGAGAAUCUAUCGGAACUCUGAGUCUAACACCAUUGAGGUGGAGCAUGAGCACACAGAAUGCAUAACUGACAUUCAGAUAUGUGGAGCCAAGUUCUGUGAUCCUGAGGGAAAUGCCUUUGCAGUGACAGGAUAUGACCUGAGUGAGAUUAUUCGUUACGUCCGGGUGUAAGUGCUGAAGGAUGUGAUCGUGCAAAAGACCAGGUGCUAGAGACAUUGUCAGGAAAGCACAGGCUUUCAGAACCUGGGCAAUUUAACAGGGGCUAUACAUCGCAGAAUGCCAGUUGAUUAACCUCUCAUAUCUGCCUCUCCAAACACAUGCAGGUUAGGUAGAUUAGCCAUGCUAAAUUGCCCCGUAGUAUCCAGGGAUGUGCAGGCUAGGUGAAUCAGCCAUGGGAAAUGUAGGCGUACAGGGAUAGGGUUGGGGGGUUGGGUCUGGAUGAGGUGCUGCUCGGAGUGUAGGUGUGGAUUCAAUCGGCUGAAUGUCCUACUUCCACCCUGUAGGGAUUCUAUAUUUUGAUUUCCGUAGCCACAGAUUUUGUAACCUACACAGUCUUUCUUUUCAUUUCUUACUUUUUGCCUCCCCACUGCAGAGAGAUCAUUUCUGUAUAGUCUUUACCCCGUUUGAGGCAGAAACUCAUUGUGAAUGAUCACUGAUAUUGCUGUUACUAAAUAGCUAAUCUGGCAGCUAUAAUGACUAUGUCACAAGACUGAUAAUCCCACAGAUUGAAAGGAGAACAGACAAAUUAAAGUUGUACCACAGCAGUUUAAAGAACAUUUUAAAUAAAAAGCUCAUCUCACCACUGUUUCCAUGAAACUGCGACUGUGAUUUGAAAGAAAUGAUUUACUAAAUGUCUUUUGGGGAGGACAUUUUUGCCAUCCUUACUUUCUCUGGCUGAUGUAUCCACUGCAGAUCCACAUCAAAUUACUCUUAACUGUUCUCAGAAAUGACCCAAAGUAUAUUGGAACCAUUAGCAGCGAAUCAAAUUCUGGUCACUUCUACCCUGGCAGCUGUGGAAUGGAUGAGUAGUCCCAUCCUUGUCAGUAGUGGCACCCAUAUCGUGUGAGUUAAUUGGAAAGCAAAAGGGAAGGUUCUGUUGAAAGUGCUCUGUAAUUGAAUUAUAAAAUGUUUUUCAUAUUUGGCCGCAGAUAUUUAGGUGUUUAUUAAAUCAAACAUUUGCUCGUGGAUAUGAAUAACUCGGGGCAAGCUUGUACUCAGACUGUUCAGCUGACAAUGAGUGUAUGUAAGUUAUCAGCUUUUAAUAAAUGUGACCAGUCCUGCC